GGCCCCGCCCCUCUCUGGGCUUUCGGAAACCCUUCCCUGCCGGCCCCGAGGGCAUUUUCUACUCUUAGUCUACCAUCCCACCUAACCCUGAUCCCUGCCGAGCACCGGACCGCGGCCUCCUGGAUCUAUCCUUGUCCUCGGCCUUCCCGCGUCUGUCCUACCCGCCAAUCCCACCGGCCUGCCGGAGAGCCUAGGAGGGAUGUGGGGCGGCUACCUGGGGUGGGAGGCCGGAGGAGGGCUGGGCCCGGCUCGUGGCCAUUUGGUGGGGCGGGAGGGUCACUCGCAUCUCCAUCCAGGGCAGGUGCUGGCUCUGGUGUUGGUGGCCGCUCUGUGGGGUGGCACACAGCCUCUGCUGAAACGGGCCUCCUCCCGCCUGCAGCAGGUUCAUGAGCGGACCUGGGCCCGGCAGUUGCUGCAGGAGAUGAAGACCCUCUUCUUGAAUACUGAGUACCUGAUGCCCUUUUUCCUCAACCAGUGUGGCUCCCUUCUCUACUACCUCACUUUGACAUCAACAGAUCUGACCCUAGCUGUGCCCAUCAGUAACUCCCUGGCCAUCGUCUUCACAUUAAUUGUUGGGAAGGUCCUUGGAGAAGAUAUUGGUGGAAAACGAGCAUUAGCAGGCAUGGUGCUCACUGUGGCAGGAAUUACACUCUGCGUCACAAGCUCAAUGGACAAGACCCGGGGACAACUGUCUACCCUUUGAGUGAACCAACGAUACCCUCCAGCCCUGCUGUCUCCAGGAAGCCUCUGGGCCAUGAGCUGCAGGCAGUGAGCAGAUGGACCUGGCAUUUACCCUUCUGAGCCUCUGCUUCUGACUCUUAUGUGGCUAAUAGCUACCUCAUGGAUCACAGUAAGAGAACAAGAGAGCCUUGUAACUUUCAAGAACCAUUCAGCUGCUGGGAUUUAGCACAAGAGACUUCACGCUCACCCUCAGCAACCAUUCUGCCCCAGGAGCUCUCCGCCUGCUGCCACAUCAGGCCCCCAACCCAGCCACUGUUACUGUGGCCUGAUCUGGACUCCCACAGCAGUGGGGUCGAUGGACUGCAAAACCCCAGCUGCACAGAGGGCCAGCUACAGUCUUUGAUUCAGAAGUACAAACAAAAGGCCUUAGGGCUCAGUCAGGGAGCCUUGGCUGGCUGAGGAGGGAACCGAGGGGAAGAAGGUGCAUCAGAAUGGCAGGUGUAGGGGAGAUGAACUGUUUGUUAGCUUUGCAUCUCCCACCUAUAAGGUGGGUGGGAAACCUCUACUGCCUACCCAUCUCAAACAGAUAAACACCUGUGAGCCCAGCACCACUAAGUCCAUCGUGUGAUACAAUGCCUCGUGAGCAGGACCCUGUAAUAA